GCCGCGUCCGCGCGUAUUGUUCCCCGGCCCUUCCGCUGGCGGUGGACGUGUUUUCGUGGGAGCCAUCGGUUGCUCUGACUCUGUGCUCCAGAGGUGGUGGCUUUGAGGUGUGACCCUGCCCACGUCUGGGCUCCGCCAGCGCCAGCUCCUCCGUAAAGAGGGCCAGCUUGAUAAGACGAAGAAAACAGUGUCAACAAGUGAUACAAGAGACGAAAAAAAAGAAGCAAACGCAGACUCCCUUCUUACUCGUCGUGGAUGAUAGCUAUAGCAGGGGAAAGUCUCAUAGUGUAUCAGUUGGGGCAGAGAAUGGAGUUCUAUGGCAGAGGCUUCUUAGAAGCUUAAACCCUUGACCCAAUGACGUCAAGUUCGCCCGUUGGCUUGGAAGGUUCAGACUUGUCUUCCGUCAACACCAUGAUGUCAGCGGUAAUGAGUGUAGGGAAGGUCGCCGAGAAUGGCGGGAGCCCCCAGAGCACCAAGUCCCCCACGAAGCCUCCGGGACCAAAUCGGAUUGGCAGAAGGAACCAGGAAACGAAAGAGGAGAAGUCUUCCUAUAACUGUCCCCUGUGUGAAAAGAUUUGCACUACACAGCAUCAGCUAACUAUGCACAUCCGUCAGCAUAACACAGACACUGGAGGGGCCGACCAUUCGUGCAGCAUCUGCGGGAAGUCGCUGAGCUCGGCCAGCUCCCUGGACCGCCACAUGCUGGUGCACUCUGGCGAGAGGCCGUACAAGUGUACCGUGUGUGGCCAGUCCUUUACCACCAAUGGGAACAUGCACAGACAUAUGAAGAUUCACGAGAAGGACCCUAAUAGUGCCACAGCUACGGCCCCCCCAUCCCCGCUGAAGCGCAGGCGGCUGUCCUCCAAGAGGAAACUCAGUCAUGAUGCCGAGUCAGAGAAAGAAGACCCAGCACCUGCUAAAAAGAUGGUAGAAGAUGGGCAGUCGGGUGAGCUGGAGAAGGUCGACGAAGUGUUUCACUGCCCCAUAUGUUUCAAGGAGUUUGUUUGCAAAUACGGACUGGAGACCCACAUGGAGACCCACUCAGAUAACCCACUAAGAUGUGACAUUUGCUGCGUUACCUUUCGAACACACCGAGGAUUGCUGCGUCACAAUGCGCUCGUCCACAAACAACUUCCCAGGGACGCAAUGGGAAGGCCUUUCAUACAGAACAACCCUUCCAUUCCUGCUGGCUUCCAUGACUUAGGAUUCACUGACUUCUCCUGUAGGAAGUUUCCUCGAAUUUCUCAGGCCUGGUGUGAGACAAACCUACGGAGGUGCAUCAGCGAGCAGCACCGGUUCGUCUGCGACACGUGUGACAAGGCGUUCCCCAUGCUCUCCUCGCUCGCCCUGCACAGACAGACCCACGUGGCCACGGACCAGGGACGGGAAAGGCUGCCGGCCAAGACCCUGCCGGGGGACGAUGCCCUAGACCAGAAGGCCUUCCUGGCCUUGCUGGGCCUGCAGCACACCAAAGACGUCAGGCCUGCCCCCGCCGAGGAGCCCUUGCCAGAUGACAACCAAGCAAUACAGCUCCAGACACUCAAGUGUCAGCUACCUCAGGACCCCGGCUGCACCAACAUUCUGAGUCUGUCUCCUUUUGAAGCUGCUUCCCUGGGCGGCUCUCUCACGGUCCUCCCGGCCACCAAGGAGGGCAUGAAGCACCUGUCCUUGCAGCCCUUCCAGAAGGGCUUCAUCAUCCAGCCCGACAGUAGUAUUGUGGUCAAGCCCAUCUCUGGCGAGUCCGCCAUCGAGCUGGCUGACAUCCAGCAGAUUCUGAAGAUGGCGGCCUCUGCGCCCCCUCAGAUCAGUCUUCCACCUCUCUCCAAGGCCCCCGCUGCCCCUCUGCAGGCCAUCUUCAAACACAUGCCCCCUCUGAAGCCAAAGCCCCUGGUCACCCCGCGGACGGUGGUGGCCACGUCCACGCCCCCGCCGCUCCUCAACGCCCAGCAGGCCUCCCCCGGCUGCAUCAGCCCCAGCCUCCCCCCGCCGCCCCUGAAGCUCCUCAAAGGCCCCAUGGAGGCGGCCUCCAGCGCCCACCUGCUGCAGUCCCAGGCCGGGGCCCAGCCGGACACGGCCACACAGCUUUUCCUGCAGCAGCCGCGGCUGGAACUGCCGGGCCAGGCUGAGAUGAAGACGCAGCUGGAGCAAGACAGCAUCAUCGAGGCCCUGCUGCCCCUGAGCAUGGAGGCCAAGAUCAAGCAGGAGAUCACGGAGGGGGACCUCAAGGCCAUCAUGACGGGGCCCGGCAGCAAGAAGGCGCCAGCCAUGCGCAAGGUGCUCUACCCCUGCCGCUUCUGCAACCAGGUGUUCGCCUUCUCCGGGGUGCUGCGCGCGCACGUGCGCUCCCACCUGGGCAUCUCGCCCUACCAGUGCAACAUCUGCGACUACAUCGCAGCCGACAAGGCCGCGCUCAUCCGCCACCUGCGCACACACAGCGGCGAGCGGCCCUACAUCUGCAAGAUCUGCCACUACCCCUUCACCGUCAAGGCCAACUGCGAGCGGCACCUGCGUAAGAAGCACCUCAAGGCCACGCGCAAGGACAUUGAGAAGAACAUCGAGUACGUGACCAGCAGCACCGCCGAGAUGGUGGACGCCUUCUGCUCCCCGGACACGGUGUGCCGGCUGUGCGGCGAGGACCUGAAGCACUACCGGGCCCUGCGCAUCCACAUGCGCACGCACUGCGGCCGCGGCCUGGGCGGCUGCCCCAAGGGCCGCAAGCCCUUCGAGUGCAAGGAGUGCAGCGCCGCCUUCUCGGCCAAGCGCAACUGCAUCCACCACAUCCUGAAGCAGCACCUGCACGUGCCCGAGCAUGACAUUGAGAGCUACGUCCUGGCCACCGACGGCCUGAGUCCCGCUGAGGCGACCGCCGAGACCUCAGGGAGGGUGGAGGACGGGGGCGGGCCAUUUGGCGAUCGCAAGCCACUGGCCGCCUUCCUGGAGCCGCAGAACGGCUUUCUCCACGGGGGCCCCGUGCAGCCCCUGCCGCCCCACGUCUCGGUCAAGCUGGAGCCCGCCAGCAACUUCGCGGUGGACUUCAACGAGCCGCUGGACUUCUCCCAGAAGGGCCUGGCCCUGGUGCAAGUAAAGCAGGAGAGUGCGGCCUUCCUGAGCCCCGCCUCCGCGGCCCCCUAUGACUGCUCCAUGGAGCCCAUUGACCUGUCCAUCCCCAAGAACUUGAGGAAAGGAGACAAGGACGCGGGUGGUGCUGGUGAAGCCAAGAAGCCUGAGCAGGAACCGGGGAGUGGCGAGCAGCCGUCCCCCUGCCCUCCGCCGUGCCCUCCGCUGCCAGUGCCCUUGGGGCCCAGUGGGGGCCCAGAGAAGCCCGUGGCCUCUGCAGCCAGCACUCUGGAAGCCCACACUCAGCCCCUGCGGGGCUCUGUUCAGCUGGCCGUCCCCAUCUACUCCUCCGCGCUGGUCAACAGCUCCCCCAUCUUGGGUGGCUCCACCCUCAUCAGCAGCCCGGCGUUGCUGCGGCCCCUGCGCCCCAAGCCCCCCCUGCUCUUGCCAAAGCCCCCCGUGACGGAAGAGCUGCCCCCGCUGGCCUCCAUCGCCCAGAUCAUCUCGUCCGUGUCCUCGGCGCCCACCUUGCUGAAGGCUAAGGUGGCCGACCCGGGGCCCACGAGCGCCGGCAGUCCCAGCACGGCCCCAGACAGCUUAGGAAGCACUGUUCCCAGAGCUGCCACCGCCCCCGCCAACACCGCCGGCCCCAAAGAAUCCAGCGACCCGUCCCCUCCUGCCAACAGCCCAGAGGCGGCCUCACCCACCGAGCAGGGGCCUGCGGGCUCAUCCAAGAAGAGGGGCCGGAGGAAGGGCAUGAGGAGCCGGCCCCGCUCCAGCAGCGGCGGGGUGGACCUGGACUCCAGCGGGGAGUUCGCCAGCAUCGAGAAGAUGCUGGCCACGACGGACACCAACAAGUUCAGUCCGUUUCUACAGACCACGGAGGACGAUGCUCAGGACGAGGUGGCCGGAGCCCCCGCAGACCACAACGGGCCCAGUGACGAAGAGCAGGGCAGCCCUCCGGAAGACAAACUGCUGAGGGUGAAGCGGAACUCCUACGCCAACUGCCUGCAGAAGAUCAACUGUCCCCACUGCCCCCGGGUCUUCCCCUGGGCUAGCUCCCUCCAGAGGCACAUGCUCACACACACUGGUCAGAAACCCUUCCCUUGUCAAAAAUGCGAUGCCUUCUUUUCUACCAAAUCUAACUGUGAACGCCACCAGUUGCGCAAACACGGAGUUACCAACUGCUCCCUGAGAAGAAACGGGCUUAUCCCCCAGUCAAAAGAGAGUGAUGUUGGACCCCAUGAUAGCACAGACAGCCAGUCGGACGCCGAGACCCCGGCGGCGGCGGGGGGUGAAGUGCUGGACCUCACCUCCCGGGAGAGAGAGCAGCCGGCGGCUGAGGGGGCCCCCCCUGUGCCCGCCCAGGCCCGCGAGGAGCUCCCCACCGAGGAGGUGCAGCCCGGGGACAGGCAGGAGCAGGCAGCCGGCGAUGGGCAGGAGCACGAGGAGCAGCCCGCUGGGGACAGGGACGAGGACGCCGACGGCCCCGAGGACGACACAGUCAGCAACAAGAGCCUGGACCUCAACCUCGCCAGCAGGCUGAUGGGCUUCAAGCUGGCCGAGGGCGACGCGGGUGCGGCGGGCGGCGGCGGGCCCGGCCCGCAGGACCACAAGCACGCGUGCCACGUCUGCGGCAAGAGCUUCAAGUUCCAGGGGACCCUGAGCCGCCACCGUAAGGCCCAUGACCGCGAGGAGCCCCAGGAGGACAGCCCGGCCGCCAGCGGAGGGGGGCCCGAGGGCCCGCUCCCGCCCGAGCCCGACGAGAAGCCCCCCGCCGACGCCUCCUCCGAGGAGCCUGCUGCGGCCGACGGGGUGGCCUCAUCGGCAUCCGACGCCUCCGGGGAGAAGCCGAGUGAGGAGGCGGACGGCGCCUCGGACGGGGAGAGUGUGGCCGAGAAGAGGUCCUCGGAGCGGAGUGAUGACGACAAGAAGCCAAAGACAGACUCCCCGAGGAGCACGGCCAGCAAGGCAGACAAGAGGAAGAAGGUGUGCAGUGUGUGCAACAAGAGGUUCUGGUCCUUGCAGGACCUGACGCGGCACAUGAGGUCCCACACAGGAGAAAGGCCCUACAAGUGUCAGACCUGCGAGCGAACCUUCACCCUGAAGCACAGCCUGGUCCGCCAUCAGCGGGUCCACCAGAAAGCCAGGCACGCCAAGCAGCAUGGGAAGGACAGCGACAAGGAUGAGCGGGGCGAGGAGGACAGUGGGAGUGAGUCCACCCACAGCGGCAACAACCCCGUCUCAGAGAACGAGGCCGACGCGGCCCCCCCGGCCAGCAACCACGUGGCCGUCACCCGGAGCCGGAAGGAGAGCCUGGCUGUCGCCACCAAGGAUCCCAGCCGCAGGGAGGAGCGGGCAGCGCUUCGGACGGCGGGCGCUGGCCAGGCUGAUGCUGGCAGGAGCGCUGCCAAGGCCCCGCCGGCGGGCAGCCCCAAGGAGCAGGGGUCUCAGGGCGACCCGGGCCCGGAGAGCCCGCCGGCCCUCGUGCAAGAUCCGCCCGCCCGUGCCCUGCUGGCCGCGGACGGGGCCUCACCGCUCCUGGGAGUGGAGUGAUAGUUCACCCUGUCCCCCCGGCGGCACACAGAUGAAAGCCAGCAGAGCAAAGUGUCCUGAAUCUAGAUUUCAUGAGGUUUCCUCAGUGCCCUUCAACUAUCGGGGAGUGUGUGUGUGUGUGUGUGUGUGAGUGUGAGUGUGUGUGAGAGAGUGGGCGAGCGAGCGAGAGCAGGAGCGGGCCGCCCUGCCCGGUGCCACAGCCUUACACCCCCGUCCAAGAGACGCAGCAGGUGCACACUUCGAGUGCCUUAAGUACUCACCAGCCCUUCGGUGUAGCCUGGGUGUUGUGUUUCCCCAAAAUGACUGUUUGGGAAAAAAAAAAAACAAAAAAAAAAAACAAAACAAAGCAGAUGUUUUAAUGAAUUAUUUGGAGAGGACCUUUUCAUUUAAGCAUUAACGUUAUCUUCUGUAUUGGUGUGUCUGAGCUUGUCCUUGCGAAUCUGUGAUCGUCACCUAUGUUCUGUGAGCUGGAAACAGAAGAAAAGAAAUAACGCCCUUGCAUACCCAUAGCCAAUAACUGGAAGAAAAUGAUGUGAAUUUCAUGUAAAUUGCCAGAGGAAAUACGGAUAAGAUGUUCUUUUCUCAAAUAGACCUUUUUCUUUUCUGUGUUCGCUGCCUGGUGGAGCUGUAGUUUGGUCCUCGGGAUGGCGGGAUGUGGCUGACGAAGGUUUCCAGCGUGGCGCCAGCCGAAAGCAGGAGAGACGCUAGCUUCAGCCCCGUACUCACGUGUUUUCAGCGUCAGACCUGACGCUUACUGUUCCAGUUUCAAGACCUCCGUUCUUAACUUCCAGAGAAGAGUUAACGCUGGCGACUUUAACCUAUGGAGAACGUGCGCAGAUGUCACGUAUCUGAUUCCCCCCCCUUUGGGUAUAUGUAUUAUUAAUAUUAUUAUUAUUAUUAUUAUUAGUUCAUCAGUUUGCUGGUCUCUGCAGUCAGCAGAAACAAAUGGGCAAUAUUUGUCCCGGGAGACCUGGGCUGCCCCCGGGUCCCCGCGUGGGCCUGUGCCCGCGGCUUUCCUCGGCACCCCCGGGUGGCAGCUCUUCUACUGUACUUAGACAAGCCUUUCUUCCGUGACUGCAGAAUCCAGCGGGGGGGCCGGGAGCGGUCCUCCCUGGCGGGCGGCCGAGAGCAGCCCCGAGAGGGCAGAGAGCAGCCUGGCGGCCAGGAGGCCCGGCCCGAGCCUUUCCCGCCUGUGCUACUGUCACGUGCAAAGCGAGGAAGUACUACUACUGGUUAUACAACGCACACAGGAGAUGAAAGAUGAGACGCAGAUUUGUAUUUACCUUCCUGUGAUGUGGGGUUGGUGCUUGACGAUAAACAUGCUGUUUCUAACGUUCCUGAAAUUGCCUGAACCCCGCCACCACCACCCCCCACCCCGGGUGCAAAAAAAAAAAAAAACAGGAUUUCUUUUUUUUUUUUUUUUUUUUUUCCCCGUGAGCAUCCCACGCAGGCAGUUAGAGUCCCCUCCCUGCAGCCGCCGGCAGCGGCGAGAAAGCUAGCCCUGCUGUAGCUGAGCGUGCGCUCGGCACCCUGUCCUGCAGCCGGCACCUCUAGGGUGCCCGGGCGCUCCCCCCCCACUUCACCCCCACGAGCACGGACACACACGCCCCCUUCUCUCUCCCCACCGACAGUGGCCAAAAUCCCACCAGCCCAAACUUCAAAGGAAGAUGUGUAUUCUUGGGAUAAUGACAAGCGAUCUCUUUGCAUGUGAAAGGAAAAAGGUCGAGGCAUCUAUGACUUUUCAGCUUUCCUGGGGAGCUGAACCCAGAACCGGGUCGCCUCCAGAUGAAUACAAAACCAGAACCAAUGAUCUCCUGUUAUCACUUUAUACCCGGUGUGGUUUGCGGAGUUAAAAACCAGUUCAUGCAUCCCUUCGUUUUUUUUUUUGUUUUGUUUUGUUUUUGUUUUUUUUUAAAUGACGAUUGUUAUUUUUUUUUUUUUUGUCGAUGUUCUUAUUUGGGGUAUCUUGUGUUUCGUUUUCCUUUGCAACUCUCCACACUAAAACCCGCGACUCUGUGGAGAGAAGCCAUGACUUAGCGCUACGCUGCGGUGAGAUGUAGCAGGAAUGGGCCCGGCCGUGCGGCCUGGGCCGCAGCUCGCAAUAAUCACUAUUGAUUUAAAGCUUUAUUUAGCCUCCAUCUGUACCCUCGUAGUCGGUAAGGUCUUGCCACAUUUUAUUAGUGAGGUUGAGAAAUGUAUUGUCUGUCAUUCUGUCCCCCUCCCCCCAAUAUUAAACUGUGAAAUUUGUGAUUUGUUUAAACUCUGGGUGAAUCAUAGUAUAGUUUGCAUGUCCAGCUAAUUUGUUUCUAUACAUUUUGUUUGAUUCUCUUUCUCCUCCUCUCAGGGCUUUUACAAAAAAGAAAAAAAUAGUAUAUAUAUACAUAUAUAUAUAUAUAUAUAUAUAUGCGUCCAUAUAUAUAUAUAUAUAUAUAUAUGGAUCUUCUGAAAAGUUUUUUGAGGUGCAAGUUUUUCUCUUGUUUUUCUCUUUGAUUUAUGGACACAAUGCUGAGAUUCAAUCACUACAUGAAACUCCUGGCUGUGAAAACAAAAUACGAAACCCAGAGCUGUUUCCCAAACAGCCCCCGGGGGGAAGCUACGUGACAGUCGGCUGCCAGUUUCAGAAAGAUGCAUCGUACCUUCCACCCUCUUCGUCUCUGUCCUCUCUUCAAGAAGGAAGUUGAUCCCAGUGAUUUCAGCCCAUGCAUUAAACAGGAAACAAUAAUAAAUGUGUAGAAUUCAUAUUUUUCUAAAGGGAACUUAACUGCUGCUACGUGUUAUGUACAAAACCGGUUUAUGCCACAUGAACAGAAUCACAAGUUUGGUUUUGGUACUUUUUGUUUCUCUUUGUAUUCAGUUGUAUAGUACUUCCAAAUUCAGAAUGAGAAGAAAAGCUGUUCUGUAUCAAACCAUCUAAGCAAUAAAUGUCAUAUUUUAAAAAUGGCA